UGUUAUUUAGUUUGUGUUGUCUAUUUAUUUCUGUUUUAAGUUUCAUAAAAAAUAUUCAAACUUUUUAAUUAAAUGAUGCCCCGGACUAUGAACAAUAAGUAUUGUGUGGUGUGUGGCGAUAAAGCAACAGGCUACAAUUUCAAUGCACUCACGUGUGAGUCCUGUAAAGCAUUUUUUCGUCGAAAUGCUCUCAAAAAAAUACCAAAAUGCAAAUUCCAGUCCAAUUGUGUCAUCGAUAUAGUCAUGCGACGGAUGUGUGCUUUUUGUCGCCUAAAUAAGUGCAUUGAGUGCGGCAUGAAAAAGGAGUGGAUCUGGAACGACGAGGCCAAGGAAUGUCGGCGCAUGAAAAUUGAACAAAACCGCAAUAAACGUACGUAUGAUGACACGAUGGACACGAUGGACACUCCCGGUGCCAUCAUCGGGCACCCCAUCACCAGCGCCACGGCAAACAUACCCAACUACCCGGCCAACACCCACCGCAUAGGCAUCGACUUCGAGCGCUUCUCAUCAUCGAUAUACCAGAAAGCGGUGGAACUGGAGCUGUCGGUCAUACCCAUCGCCCGACCCAUCAACGACUUCAGCCACUCCUACAACGAGUUAGAGUGCAAUCGUCUGAACGAGUUGUUCAACGCCACCAAACAUGUCGGACACCAGAGCCACACGUCUUACCCGACAUCCGAGGCCAAGACAAUGCACGACAUCCUCUACGCCCUCGACUUGAAAUGCGUCGAAGAGAUUAAAAACAUAAUCCGUUUGUCAAAGAUGUUGAUCGCCUUCAACAACAUCUGCAAAGAGGAUCGCAUUAAACUCAUCAAACACUCCUGCAUUCAGAUUUACACCAUGCGAUCGGCCACUUAUUAUGACACACACACCGAGAGUUGGAAUAUGAAGCUGGAUACCCGGAAUACAGUUAUGUUGCGAUUGGAAAAUAUCCGCACAAAUAGUGAAUCCGUUUAUUCGCGACUUAAGGAGUACUUAAAGGUUUUGAAGUAUGAAUUGGAUUCCGAUCAUCGAGUGCUUGAUUUGGACUUUAUAUGGGAUGACGAGGCUAAAAAGUCCCGCAAAUUAAAAAUUGAAUUCAACAAGAUCAAACGUGAUCUGGAGGACUGUUGCACCACCAAUGAUAGUACACUAGUGUCAUCAACCACUCCAGACGUUCAACAAGAUAAUCAAUCUCGUGGUCUAGCUAUAUCUGAUGACAAUUUUCAAUGUCAAUACCGUAAAUUUGAGCAAGGCCUAUCAAAUAUAUUUUCCAAAAUCUAUGAACGGGCCGUGGAGUUGGAGUUAUCGGUGAUUCCCAUCGCAAUGCCUAUCAGUGAAAGGCGACAAACAUUUAAUGAGAUGGAAAUGAGUCGUUUGAAUGAAUUAUUUACGGCAACCAAACUGCUCAGGAAUGUACUGACGGCACCGACAGUCAUACCCGAGACUACUGAUGAAAUCUUUAUGACCGCCGAUACUAAAUGCGUUCAAGAGAUCAAAAAUGUGGUCAAUUUCUCAAAGAGACUGGUCAGUUUUAAUAACAUAUCUGAGCAUGAUCGCAUUCACCUAAUCAAGAACUCGAGCAUUCAGCUAUUUGCUAUGAGAUCGGUAUCUUAUUAUAACCCCGAUGAUGGAUGUUGGUAUAUGGACCUGGUCAACCCGACAUUUACCAAGGUGAAUGGCGUGAAUAAAAUCCACAAUAAAGGACCGGGCUAUUUUAGCAUAGAGAAUGCCAAUAAGACAACGUCCGGCACUUAUGAAUGUAUCGUAUAUUUCAACAAAAAUAAGGAAUUUUACGCCAAAAAGCUAAAGAUCUCCAUAACUGACGACAUGACUAGACCUCCCGUUCCCAUGUAUGUCACGCAAAAGCCCGAACCUCCGCCCAAAGUUAAGCUAACGGUGGCGCCCAGAGUAUUCAAAACAAACGGCAGUAUUAGUGUCUAUUGUGAAACACAAUUAAUGGCUGGCAAACAGGGUCUUAUCCAGUUGGCACUGACCAAGGAUCAUCGUGUAUUUGCCUCGGUCAACUAUCUUGGUCAACGCACAUUUGAUAAGACUGAUGGCAUUAAGAAUUUAACCUGGGUGCAGGCAACCGUUAACCCACCACGGAUUAACCUGAGAAUAAAUAACGCCACUAGAUAUACAUCAGGAAUGUACCAAUGUCAACUCACCUAUAAGAAUAUGACCACGGGCAUUAGUUUCCAUACGAUGUCCGUGCAACAGUCCAUACGUAACAUUAUGGUGGCCGGAAGUCAUGUCUUACUCUAUAGAGAGGAUGACGCCAAUGAAUACGUGAAGACAUUGCGAGAUAAAUAUCAGAUCCCGUUAUAA